AUGGCACUACGCAAUGCUACUGGCCGGUCCGGCGAUCAGCCGUCUAUCAUCGACUUCUAUAACCCUCACGUUAACGGCAAAGAUGCACAUGGUCGUACGCGUGAGCAAAUGCUCAAGUGGAAACAUGACAAGCUAGAGCGAUGCCAUGAUUACAUCCAGAUUCUCUUCCCUCUUCCAGAAGGCUCCAUGUUCAGCUACAACGCCCCAAUCAUCGAUGAGGAGACGUUGGAAGCCUUCCGCUCGAGCGUCGUUCUACAGACGACCUUGUCUCAAGUUUUCGUUACAAUCUUGAAUUUCUAUGGCUUCGAGGCUACGGACGGUUCAAAAAGAUUACUAGGGAAAGUCACAGUGGCUAAACCCCACAUGACUCAGGCUGAGCCGGAGAAAGGAAAAGGAAAAGCUACGGAGGUCGAAGGUGAGUCAGACGCAAUACCCUGCAUUGUUCCAGGUCAGGCACCGUCAAUGGCGAUUACAUCCUCGCUUAAUUCCACUGACUGUACCGCCAAUACAGAGCAAGCCGAGGACCGCAAAGACAAUGCUAGGCCCGCCGCAUCCGCCAAUGCUAACGACUCUGCUGCACCGCGCUCCAAUAGAAAGGAGCUCGAGGCAUUGGAAGCCUUUUUUGGAGGCCAUGAGUUUUACGUCAUACGUGGACCGGACUUUGCGGAGCGCUCCAAGAAUUGGUGUGUUCGCAUGGACCACAACCACCUCCGCAUCACGCGUAUUCUGCGCUGCUUGCGUGUGCUGGGUCUGCAGCUCCAGUGCGAGGCGUUCUACAAGGCGCUCACGGAUGUGUACGACGACCCUAAGAUCAAUAUCAGCGAGCGCUCAAUGACGUUCUGGAUGAGGGCGGUCUGUGAGCCGUUGCAUAUCGCGCCCGAUGGCACAGAAUGCAAGUGGCUGCGCAAGUGGCAGGAGACUAAACAGACACAUGUUUAG